UGAAGUUUGCACAGGGUAGGGGUAGUGAGCCUUUGAGGUGGUAGCCCCAGUGGCAGUGGGCCCAGACCAACCCAGUCUGACACUGCUCAGAACUAUUUAGCUAAAGAUUUAUCUUGAAUGACCAGGUGACCUUAUUUAAGUAGAGGGGGUGGCAGUAUGUUAGGAGCUCCCCGUGAGAAUUGAAUUGCUACCUUCUAUGUUCCACCUGCAGCACAGUACAGAAAACAACAGGCAGCAUCAACUCAUGACUUCUCUCGUGGUGGAACAUUUAAAAGAAAAAAAAGUCACCUCAAGGGAAAAAAGUGCUUGAGUAGUUGAUACUGUUUGGCCUUCAAAGAGAGCUCAUGAGCAGGUCUGUCUAGCAGUAUAAAACAACGGCAAAUAUUUUGGAAAACAUUAAAAUCAUUUUAAUUAUUACAUUUUCCAAGCUUAGAUCCCCUAUAACUUUGUUGGCUUUGGAUCAUAAAACAGUGGUUGAAAAGCUUUUCCAGUUCAGAGGUCCAGCAUUGCCGGCGCACUUUCUGCUUCAAGCUGGACAUUUUUACCUCACACUCAGGGACAGUUAAAAUGUGGAAUGCGGGACAUGACAGUACAUAGAGAGAUAUGCUGUUCAGCAGAAGCAAAGCGCGGGAAAAGUUAAGAACUUCUGUUUGCUCCAGGGACCUAGGCAACCGCUAUGCCAAUGGUCAAUCCUUGUUCACGUCACUCGUACAGUAAAGAAUGAUUCGUCCGACUAUUCCGGCCUGUGAGUGGUGGCGAGUGACAGGCGAAACCCCGCCGCUAAUUAUGUACCUAUUUACCAUUGGUUCCAAUAAACUGCUUGUUGUUAUGACAAGCGGCGGGGCAAAAUCUGAACUGUAUCUUUAACUCGAUGAAUGGGACAGCGAUCACAGGAGAACAGACUAGGCAAUUGAGCAAGAAGGAAAAAAAAUCUCAAAAGGAUAUCGGCAAGAUCUUGCAAGAAGAAAGGUUGAAGUGACACCAUAAAAAACUGGUUGGAGUGAGCAGAAGAAAGACGGUUACAAAAGUAGCAGCAGAAUUUCGUUGCCAUGUUUUAUUAUCCCAAUGUGUUGCAGCGCCACACAGGAUGCUUUGCCACCAUAUGGUUGGCUGCUACCAAAGGCACUAAAAUUUUGAAGCGAGAGUACUUAAAAGUGAAUGUCAUCAGCACCUGUCAACAGAUUAUAGAAUACCUUCUCCACCAGAUUCCACCUCCGCAUGUUGGCUUACCUGUGCCUCGGUUUUCCCUAUAUCUAUCAGCACAGCUCAGUUAUGGAGUGGUGCGUGUUUAUCACCGCCAGUGUGAUCUGCUCAUAGAGGAAAUGAAAAGUACUCUGGAUCGCAUUUAUAAAGCUGAGAAACAGAUGAGGAUAGACCUACUCCAGCCUGAACAACAGGCCCUCCUCCCAGAUGCUCUGUCACUUAUGGAAAUGCUUGAGGAUGCACCAGAUCCCUUUUUUGGGAUGAUGGGAGUUCCUCCUCAGCCACCUGACCCAUUGUUUAUCCCACAGAUUCGCCAGCUUCUGGAGGCUCCAAGCCCAUUGAGAAGAGAACCAGUGACAACACCAACAAGGCCUAAGAAAGCAAAGAAAAGAGACGAGGGGGAUCAUGUUACAUCCCCUGAAAGAAUAACUCUGCGAGAUGUGGAACCGAUAACUUUUCCAUCAAUUGAGCUAAUCAGAGACCUCCCAGAAGCCAGUGUUCAUGAUUUGGAGUUCCUUAUGUCUGAUCUACCAUUGCUUGAAGAAGAACCCAUUUCUGAGCCAAGUAAGAAAGAUACACCCAGAAAGAAAGAGGCAGAAGUGGACGGAAGUAAAUUAGAGACAUUGGAAGAGUCGGUGGAUGAGGCACGCAGCCAAGAAGGAGAGAUACCAGCAGCUGAGCUGUCCCCUUCUGUUGGUCCCUCUUUAGAACCUAUCCCAGAACUUGAUGCUGCCAUUACACUGGAUGAAGUUACAGGAGAACCAGUUGUUGAUUUCCCAGAACUGACUUCACCAGAAAGGUUGAUUCCUGCGGAGGUUUCACCUAGUGAGCGCAUUUCACUACCAGCCAGCCCUCAGCUGGUGCUUAAGGAACUGCCUGCCGCAGAUCGCUCUUCUAAGGUUGAAGCUGUGCGCAGAGGCAAGCUGAUCAUUGACAAAGAGACAAAGAUUGCAGCUAAGAAAAUUCAGGAGCAGAUACAAAGACCUGAUAUAUACACUCAAGCAGCGGUUCCUGCUUUGCUUCCUCCCAAGACUCCAGCCUCUUUGUUCCAGUCUCCAACCUACCAAUAUUGGAUGGCGCCAGAACUAACUGAACUGUGGACCCGUUGUGCUCUGUUACAACCCCUGCAAUAUGUUGAGGAAAAGGAGAGAGAGGAGGAAACUAUGAGUGAAGUGGAGGCUCUCCGUGCCAUUGCAGAGCCUAGUGGUAGUCUCAUAAUGUCCUCAGAGAUCUCCCUGGAAGUGUCCGAAGAAGAGCGUUCUCAUCCUAUUUUAUUCACCCCUGAGGAAAGAAGGGCUGUCUCAGUGCAAGAGGAGAGAUUGCUCCCUAUGGUCUCAGAGAUGCCAGAACUUAUGUUUGAACUUCCAGAGACAGGAGACUUUUCCCUUGAUGAUGUGGAAAGGAGGCUGCGUUCUCAGAUUGACUACCUUGGUCAGACUGAUUUUCUUAGUCAUGCCCCUCACUCAAUCUCUCGCAUUGCUGCCUCCCGACUCUUCUUUAGCAGUCUUGUUCUUUGCACACAGAGCAUUAUUUGUCUGGAACAGAAGCAGCCAUUCAAGCAGAUUCUCAUUACCCCAGGGCCCCUCUACAGCCAGAACUGAGCCUGUUCCUACUCUGCUCCUCAUUCUGCAGUGCCCAUAAUUGCCGUCUCUCCUCUGCCAUGCAUGAAAUUCCUACAUUCACUAGGUUGCAGGGGCUGAUUUUAAAUAAACAGUUAAUAGAAUGUUGGCAUUUUA